UUUUGACCGUUAACUUGGACGGUCAAACGCGUUGACUAACGGUCAACGCGCCACGUCACUGCCAAGUCAACAAUUUUCACUUAAAUUUUUUUACAAUUUCCACCUAUUAUCAUUUUUUUAUAUUUUGAACGCCAAAAAAAAGUUAAACAAAAAUAAAUCAAAUUAAAAAAAUAAACUCUUCAUCCCCUCUCUGAUCCCUUUCACUCCCCGCUGUCAUCUGCUCUCCAAAAAUCAUCUUCUGCUUAUCCUUCUUCCAUCACAAUCAACUGUAAAUGCCCCAAGUGUAAAGUCCAAUCCAUCUCCCCCGUCACCGCACCAGAGAACCUGGGUGAUUAUCCCCAAAAUUCCCCAAUCGUAAAUCAAAUAAAAUCUGAAGUCCAAACCUUUACUCGUCAUCAUCAUCGCCAAACGGAGGGAAAUGAAAAGAUUGGGUAAUGGUGAGCUUCCCUCCAUCCAUGGCGGCGAGUGCGAAAAUGGUGGUACCAAGGUCGAUUCCACAACUUUUUGCUCACCGCCCUUAGUGGAUCGUAGCUCCUCUGCCCUCUUUCGCUUGCUCCCGCUGCCGUCGUCGAGCCCCAGGGGAGGAAGGAAUCAGGCUCACCGACAAACUAGCAACAGCAAGAGGCCCGCCGCCGGGCUCGAGAAGAGGCAAUCGAGCGGGAGUGCGGGCGAAUGAGCCGGAGUGAGGGAUAACAUUGAGGGAUUCAUUAUCCUCUUUGAUCCCGAUCAACUGAUUGAGGACCUCUCUCUCGUUCAAAUCACGGAUCUAGGGUUUCAAGUUCUCGAAUCGUCGCCGAGUUCCUGGAUCCAAUGGCAAUGGAGUCGUCGGAUGGGGAAGAUGAAGGGAAAUUACGGGAGGAAGCCAUCAUCUGGUUGUGGUGGACGACCUGAGAGAGCUGGUGAACAUUCAAUUCCAUUUGGAGAGGAGACAACAACAGGGAGUGAAAGGGAUCAGAGAGGAUGGAAGGGUUUAUUUUUUAUUUUGUUUAAUUUUAGUUUUUUUUGGUUCAAAAUGUCAAAGAAAAAUGAUAAUAGGUGGAAAUUGUAAAAAUAUUUAAGUGAAAAUUGUUGACUUGGCAGUGACGUGGCGCGUUGACUGUUAGUCAACGCGUUUGACCGUCCAAGUUAACGGUCAAAAGUCGGUUCUGGUCAAAUUGUUUAUUUUGGUGUAUAGUUCGGGCCAGGAUGUUAUAGAUCGAAAAGAUUGGCCAGGAAUAGGAUGUUUAUUUUGGUCAAAGUUCAGGCCAUAUGAAAAUAUUAAUCCUUAGUUUAAGGAGUGAAUAAGGAAGAAUCGAGUCCUCUCGUUCUUUUCCCUAUCUUCGUCUAUCAAUUUCUAUCCCCCAAGAUCUGCCCUUCUUCUGGUUCUUGUCUCAAACCCUCUAGAUUUCUUUGUAUGAGAUUCAGCUUGGCUUCCAAUCUGAACGCAUCCAUCAACAUUUCUAGAACCACCCUCUCUCUCUCGUGCGCGAAUAACGAGGUUUUCUGGUUUCAGCCAGGCCCAGAGACAGCAGACAAACACAAGCAGAGGAACCAGACAAGUCUGAAACCCAAACCCAAACUGAAGAAAGCAGUUCAUUAAAGUUGCCCAAAAUACAGGGCACUGCACACACACACCCAAGUUUGCAGCUUUGGGGUUUGUUCUUCUUUCUUUUCGUAUGUGGUCUCCAUCCCACUUGACAGGUCAUGUCACAGUCACCCUAGGGUUUCCUUUUCAUCACUACGUAUAACAGAAAAUAUCUUCUCUGAAAGUCAUAAAUGCAGGAACCUAAACCUUCUGCAUAAACUCAUCGUCAGCCAUGCCAGAUAAGACAUUGGCUAUGAUAAAUAGGGUUACAAAUAAGUAGGGGCGAAUCCAGUAUGCUUAAUUCAAACUCAGCUCGUUAAUGCAAGAGUCGAAUUCGAGCUUUAGCUUGUUUCAUUGGAAGCUUGGCUCGUAUUUGACUUGAGCUCGGCUUGAACUUGACUUACCAAUCAAUUACUGAGCAUGACUUGAGCUCAGAUUUCAUAUUACUUAGUUAAUAAAUUGUAACGUGUCAU